AUGUUUCUUCAGACUCGAGUUCCUCCAAUUGGUUUACAGAUAACACGUUUUCGCUUAAUUAAAUACCCUCAUAAUUCAAUACGAUAUCAAACAACUCAAUAUUUUACUCGUCAAAAGUAUGAAACGAGAAAAGAUAAAUUUUUUCGAAGUAUACCAGGAACUUUUGCUUCAUCAUAUUCGGUUGGAACAACAACUCAACAUAUUUCGAAUUCUUCUAUAAUUCCAUAUCAAUUACAUCAAUUUGACAUGCAAUCAUCAUCAUUAAUAUAUCUUGAUCGUAUGAAGUAUUUCCUCGAUACAAAUAAUCUCGAAGCCAUCACCAAAGAUUUCAUUGAUUUGAAACAAAAGAACAUUUCACCUACUCUAGAAAUUUAUCAUGUCCUCCUCCAAAUGUGUUAUAAGGCAUCAGAUUUAAAUAGUGCUUUAGAAAUAUUCGCACAAAUAUACAAUGAUGCGACAAAACAUUCUUCUGUUACACCUACAAAAGAGACUUUUAAGUACCUUUUAGACGUUGUUGAAAUAUCAUCGGAUCAUGACCUCUCAUUGUAUACGAUUAAUUCUAUUGUAAAUUAUCAAAUUCCAUACAUUAAAUCAAAUGCAAAGAUUAUUGGUAAAGUGCGAAAAAGAUUAGAUGUAAAAAUUGAUUUGAAUACGUGGAAUUCUAUUUUUCGUUCUUUAACAACUUCACAUAAAUUAUAUUCAACAAACGAUCUAUAUUAUUUUGAGAAAUUAAAAGGUUUAGCUGAAUUUUUUUUAGAGUCUAAUCCAGAUCAUCAUAAUUUCACAGAGGAAACUUGGAGACUAGUUAUCCGAACAUUAGGAGCGUAUCCUGGAGAUUGUAAAACAUUCAAUAAAAUAUUACAACAGAUUAAAUCACAAAUGAUAAUGACCCCGUCUAUUUAUUCUGAACUUAUUUGGGCAUUAUCAAGAAAAUCUUCAAUAGAUCUUGCAAUAGACAAUCUAGAUGAAUUAAUCUCACAAUUCAGUUACAUACCUUCUAGAGAACCACUUUAUGUCUUGUUAUCUUAUUACGCCGAUUUAGGAAAAUAUCAAAAAACAAAAUAUUUAAUAGACAAGUAUUCUAAAUAUAUUACCAUACAUGAACAAGCUCAAUCAUCAACAUUUUCGCAACAAAAUUGGCAAUUCAAUUUUUCUACAGUUUUAAUGAAUGCGUAUGUUCAAGCUUUACGUGAAGAAGUUUCUUUUCGUAUUAAAAAUCUUGAGGAAAAUAAUUAUUUAAUGGUAGAGUUAAUGGAAUCAAAGGAAAUAAAUUACAAAAAUGAUAGAUUGGAUUAUUUAACAAAUGUUAAUUUUAAAAAGAGUUCGUUUUAUAAUUCUUGGAUAAAAUUAUUAAAUGAAGUAAAAUUAUCAAAUUCCAAAUAUCAUAAAGAUCAUUUUGAAUUAAUGAUUAGAUUUCAUAUACUAUCCAAUCAAAUUAAUCAUCAAGAAUUCCCUUUAAAUGAAGCAUUAAAUUUGAUUAAUGAGAUGAGAAGUGAUGGAGUUGAACCAAAUUUCGAGACAUUUAAAAUUUUAUUAGAAACUCUUGCUGAUUCACCAGAAUAUAAUUCAAAUGAACCAAAUUUAAUACGAGUGGAAAGUGCAUUAAAAAUAUAUAAUAUAAUGGAAUCUUCUGGAUAUGAUAUGAAUGACAUAAAGAUAUAUCAAACUUUAUUAGAUUCAUGUAUAACAAAAAAUGAACGAUCUAUCAACAAAAAUUUUAAACCUUUAAGGUUAAAAAUCAAAGGAAAAAUCAAUCAUAUAAAAGAAUUAAUGAAAAUUCAUAAGGUAAAACAUAAUCAAAAAUCAAUGUUAACCCUUCUAGAAUUAUAUGGUUACAUCCACUCUUUUAGUGAAAUGAGACGUGUUUGGUUUGAAGUAUUUUUAUCAGGAUAUCAUCGUAAUUUAAAUUUUUACAAAAUAUUUAUUAAAGCUUCUUCACAAAAUGUUCGUGAAUCAGUUUAUUGUUUAGACGUUUUAAGACAUCAAAUGUCAAAAGAGAAACCUCUUGUAUAUCCUGAUUUAGAAACCUUUGAUUUAUUAUUAAAAUGUUGUAUCAAAUCUAAUGAUUUAAUUACAAUGGAACAAAUUAUUAAUGAGAUGAAACAAUGUUUUCCUUCUUCUCCUUCAAAAGAAGAAAAUUGGUUAAUACCAAUAUUAUAUACUUAUUUAAACACCUCAGAAUUGGUUUAUAAAGGAAAGAAUGUUGUAACACACUUUUUUAAAUGUAAAGAAUUAAUUAAUUUCGAUUUUUGGAAAAUCGUUUUACAAUAUUUUAUUGAUAAUGAAAAGGAAUCAAAUACUAUUCAAAAACUUUUUGAUCUAUAUGUAGAUUGGAGCAACGAACAUCAUCAUAAUUUUAAAGAUAAUUCCUCUCAAAAGGAACCACAAUCUUCAUCAAAAGAACCUAUUUUAAAAUUUCCAAUUUCCCCUCUUUUAAACCCAGAUUUAGAAAUAAUUUAUUUGUACCUAAAACAUCACAUACGUACAUCAUCUUUUCUUCAAACCAAAAACAUAUUUGAUAAAUUAUUUUCUUAUUAUCCUAAUAACACAAUUUUAAUUUUUAAUAAUAUUGAUUUAUUAAAAGAAUUUGUUUUUCUUUCUUUAAAACACCAACAAUUUGAAAUCCUAGAUUGGUUUGAUAAAUUUAUAUUAAAUAGAAUUAAAGUGAACGAGAACAAUUUGAAGGAUAUGGACGAUUAUAGGAUAUUACGUAAUUGGGUGAUCAAUAAUUUAAAACAAUGUGAUGGAAAAAACAAUAAAGAAAUCUCAAUAGAAGUUAAAGUGCCAGAGUUUGUGGAUAUGAAAUGGUUAGAAAGAUAUGAAGAUUUGGAGGUUAAUUAG